GUUGAUAGCAAAUCCCGUGAACAGAUAUCCAAACUCAUCUCCUCGAUAUAAGACAAUGGAGUUGAGCGUUCCUCAGCUAGGUUUCCUUUCUGUCUACCUUUUUUAGUGAAACCGGUGUUUUUAAACACAACACAUUAUUGAACAAUAAUAAUUAUGCCUCAAUUCCUUAAAAGGGAAUCUGUUCAAUUCUUGGCAUUAUGUUAGAAACGCCUAUAUGGACUUUCCUGACCUGCAAAAUGCCAGUUUUAGAUUUUGGUUAGUCGUUUUACUGGGCCUAUGAACAUUACAGGGACACUCCUUUUAUAGACCCCACAAGCUGUUUUGAGAGAGCGAGACUGCUGGCCUAUUUUGGUUCCAGGCAGAAUUGUUCCUGUAACCUGUUUCCGGAGCUUUUGGAGACAAAUGUUGUAGCCAUGUACAAACAAGAAAUGGCCUGUCCUGAAUGGCGCAAUGGUGUACAUUUUAACAUCUGUUCUGAGUCUGUCCCAAUCAUAAUCUGCUCUUACUAAACGGUGGAAUUUCCUUUGUAAGAGCAGAAUUUGGUAAUCUGUACUUGGUCUUCAACCAGGACAGGAAAUGUUUUAAUUUCAGCUCCAGAUAAACAAGACUUUGUUUAAUUGUUUGUAAAUGCAAUUAUAAUCAUUUUUGGUUAAGUCUCUGCAGAUUCAUCAAUGGAAUAUUGGAUGAAAAAAGUUACUGAUGAGCGAGUAUGAGCAGCUGAACUAUGCCCGGCAACUGAAACAGCGACUGGAGGCAUUCACACAGGACUUCUUACCCCACAUGAAGGAGGAGGAAGAGGUGUUCCAGCCCAUGCUGAUGCAGUACUUCACCUAUGAGGAGCUGAAAGACCUCAAGAAGCAGGUGAUGGCACAGCACUGUAGCCAGCAGCGAUGGGACUGUGCAGCAGAAGUGCUGAAGGGGCUCAGUCUGUGGAGCCAGGCAGAGGAGCUGCACAAGGCCUUCAAGUAUGCUGACCACGAGAAGACUGACGAACUAGAGAAAGAGCUGUGCUCCACCCACAUCUCCCAGCUACCUACAGAGAUCCUGCUGCAUCUGUUCCGCUACCUGGGUCCUGAGGACCUGUGUCACUGUGGCCAGGUGUCCUCAGCCUGGUCCGACCUGGCCAAGACCGGCUCUCUGUGGAGGCACCUCUACCCUGUACGCUGGGCCAGAGGGGAUCACUAUCGUGGCCCCCCAGCUGAUCUGAAUCAGGAACCGGAUGAGGAGUGGGUGAAGAGUCUGCAGGAUGAGGGCAAGGCCUACCAGGAGUGGGAUGAGGAUGCAGAUGUGGAUGAGUCUGAUGAGACUUGUGAAGACUCAUUGGCUAUAAGCUCAGCUCAGAGGGAGAAGAAGCUACUGAAUGAAAUGAUCCAGAACCUUCUGCCAGCUGUGGGUUCCUCUGUCAGGUCCAUCGUUCUGGCCUACAGCUCUACGGUCUCCAGUAAGAUGGUGCGUCAGAUCCUUAGUCUCUGUCCUAAUCUCACCCACCUGGACCUCACUCAGACUGAUGUCACAGACUCCGCCUUUGACAGUUGGUCAUCUCUGGGGGCAUGUCCAUCUCUUGAGCACCUGGACCUAUCCGGCUGUGAGAAGAUCACUGACCACACCCUGAAGAAGCUGUCCAUUUCUCAGAAACGAUCUGACCGGCAAGCCAAGCUUCUGAAGAGCCCGCCUCCCAUUAGUCUGCUGGACGAGCGGAUCCUCCAUUUGAUGGGGGGCAGCAGGCAGGCCCUGAUCUUCAAGCAGCGUACGGGGACACGGUGCAGCAGCCCCUCCAGGGUCUGGGUCCUGGACCCUUCGGAGCUGGCCGACAUCGAGGAUGCAGCAGAGUGGAACCGCCGCGGGGGAGUGUCUACCCCUGAGGGGCGAGGCUUUGUGGCGACGAAGAAAGGAGGUUCAUGUUGCUGCAGGAGGAGUAGGAGGCGGGGCCUCAGGACAAGCUAUAGCACCUCCUACUGGCAGCAGCAGUAUGGGCUUGGGGAGGCCUGCUGUGGCCAUUCAACCUGCUGCACUGGUGAGAUGGCCCUGAGGGCUUGUGGAGGGCUGCAGUGUUUGUCUUACACCACCAGGGGCAGUGCAGGGGCAGAGUUUUGGACUAAAUGCUCCUCUGGGGGCCAGCGGUGCCUGGAGCUUUACAACAGAACUGAUCAGUCAGACGCUCGACGCUCGCUGAGAUUCCUCAGCCUCUCUGGAUGUUAUCGGGUUACAGACCUGGGUUUGAGGGCGCUGUCUCAGCGUGGAGGUCUUCCUUUCCUGGAGCAUCUGAACCUGUCUGGAUGUCUCCUCAUCACUGAGGUUGGGCUACAGGAGCUGGUGUCAGCCUGUCCUGCCCUCAAUGAUGAACACUUCUACUACUGCGACAACAUCAACGCUGUUUUGAAGCUGGUGUACCAGUAUGUAUACACCUGUUCUGAAAGGCCCAGAGUCUGCAACACCACUAAGCAAGGGGUACCAUCAAGCAAGUGGCAUCAUGAAGACCAAGGAGCUUUCCAAACAGGUCCCCAUGCUGAUACGGCCAGCGGCUGCCAGAACCUGCAGUGUGGCUUCAGGGCCUGCUGCCGCUCUGGAGAGUGACCUUUGACCUAACCUUACUUUCUAUGAACCCCCCCAUCUGCACUUUAAUCCUCACCUGGGAACAUGCCAUUUAUUGUAUUUUGUCACUUCAGAUAGUUUCUAUAUGAAAUGUUAAGUAAAAAAGUAGAGAACUGGCAAUGUCAGGAAUAUCUGUAUUUCUUGGAAACACUAAUUUAGAAAAUAAAAUAUGGGUGUUGGAUGAAGUAUCUGCAAAUGUAUAUUCUGGUUCCUAGUUUUUGUGGUUUUGAGAAGGUGAUUUGUUUUCCACUUGGUAUACGUGAGCACCUAGUACUUGUUUCUGUACAACCGGUAUCCUGUCGUUUCUGACUAGUUCCACCUUCUCUGCUCCUACUUGCUUGUUUUAGAUCACCAAUUUGCGAUUACUGUAGUCUUACUUGGUUUAUUGGAAAUAGAGUAGUCAGAAACAUCAGAUUAUUCACUGUUGUGAUGUGAGGUCCCUUCAUAGGAAAAUAAGCACCCACUAAAUGAUUUAUUAUUACACACAGCUGACAUUUUAAAAUAUUAAUUUUUGUUGUAAAUAGUGGUGAUUCACGCGGUGGAAGAUGCUGUUGCAGCGUAAUGGGGUUUGUCAGUGGCGGUUAAGAAUCUGAGGGUGCUGCACAUUUCACUACCAGAGACCACACACAUUCAACAAAGUUUAAAGUGGUAAAUUGGUUGUGAUCCUCUUAACAAUUUAUGUAUAUUAAUAAAACAACUGUAUGGUAACGCUA